AGACCGCUUUCUCACUCGGAGCCUCGUCGUGUCGGUCGUCGAACAAGCAGACCACUCACUGUUAGAUCCAUAAACACACUUGUCUAUCCAAGUCCUCUCGCAGUAACUCCUCGACAUCACAAUCAUGGUAUCUUGGACGAUUGCUGCCGCCUUUCUCUUCACGCCGACGGCGGCUUGGGUCUCCCGACCCGUGUCGCAAGUUCGAUCGUCUCCGUCGAUGCUGCGCAUGUCCAGCGAUCAGUUCACGGUCGCCUGUCUAGGCGACUUGCACUUGGAUCCUCGGUACAUGGAAGACUACUAUACUGGUCGUGAUCAAUGGUUGAAUAUCAUCGAUGAAGCCAAGGCCGAUCACGGCAACGUUGCGCUCGUGUCUCUCGGCGACUUGGGCGAAUCCAAGUCGGUCCGUCCGGAAGAAACCUCGGAACUCUUCGCCGGCACAACGGAAUGUCACGAACUCGCCGCCGAGUUCUUGCAAUCCUUCGGUGUUCCCUACGAAGUCGUCGGCGGCAACCACGACCUGGAAGGUAUUGACGAAUUCGCCACGGACAAGGAGAAUCUCAAAAUGUUUCUAGAAAAGCACGGCAAGCCCACGCCGCAUUUCUCCCGGAAGAUCGCCGACAAGACGCUCUUGGUCGGCCUCUCGUCGACUGUCUUUCGGGAUGCCGAAUACACCUCGCACGAAGUUACCAUUGACGACGCACAGAUGGCCUGGUUCGAACAGACCCUGAAGGAUCAUCCCGCCGCGGACGGAUGGCGAUUGUUCGUCUUUACCCACGCGCCACCCAACGGCUCUGGAUUGCGCGUCCUGCAAGAGAACCACGUCGUUAACGGUUGUUGCUGGCUCAACCAUUCCAACGACAAAAAGUGUCGCAAGUUUAUCGAACUGGUACGCGAGCACCGUUGCAUCAAGGCGUGGUUUUCCGGUCACUUCCAUUUGGGACAGGAUUACCAAGAUUCCAUUACCUUCCCCACCAUUGACCCCAAGGACGGCCCUUACCCCAACCGCGGUUCCUGCACCUUUGUCCAAACUUCGGUUAUGCGUUCGGGAUCCUCGCGGGACGGUCGCCAGCAGUCCCGCCUGAUUCGCGGAAACAAGGACGGCUUCGAAAUCUGCACCGUCGACCACAAGGAGGAUGGCAAGGUCCGUGUGGACGCCACCAUUAGUUACCGUGGUGACACCAACGAAGUCGGUAUCUACGAACACGAAGACGAAGUCAAAAAAGGCGACGAACUCUUCAAGGUCUACGCCCCAUCCGCCGGUGACGACUUGCACGCUCCGGAUGAAGGCCACGUGCGUUACAACGACGAUGGUCAAGUCAAGAUUGAUCUCGACGUGACCGAAGACACCAAGGCAUGGUGGUACAUGUCCGACGGCCGUGUCCUCGGUAUGCUUAAGGGCAUGUUGAUUGAAUACGAUCGAUCCACCCUGGCUCCGCUCGGUUUGGUCGUGGGCGCCGACGAGCUGGUCGGCAAGCGCGUGGCCGUCAUCGACUCGGGACUCGACGACGAAGAGUGCGUUAUAUCCGACGAGCUUGGGAUGGAAGGCAUCGAAUGUGGCGGGGAACCAGGUCGCGAACAGGCUGUCAUUCUCGUCGACAAGGACGACGGUUCGGUCGUUGUGGUACAACCCAACGAGGAUGGCUCGUACUGGCGUAAAAUUGUCCGCAACAAGAUGAUCCGUAUGAAGGAAGUGCGCCGGGUCAAGGCGGCCAAGGAAUUUGCCAAGUCGUUGAUGGACAAAGAAGUGGAAGUAGUCAGCUCCUGGGGUCCCUACACUACUACCAGUGGCACCGCCAAGAAAACGGGAGUCCAAGGUUUGACGGCACCGGCACGCAAGUAAUUACGAUCUUCAUCGUCGCUGUGCCUAGUAGUGUCAAGAAUGGAGCUUAGAUGAUAAUAGGAGAUUGUCACGUAGUAGUAUAACAUUAUACGUUAGCAAGGAACACAGAACGUGAUAC